AUGACUAGUGUUGCUAAUCAGUUGAUCUCUGUACAACCAGAAGACCUCAAGUUUCAAUUUGAGCUGGAGAAACAAAGUUACUGUGAUCUUAAAGUUACAAACAGAACUGAACACCAUGUUGCUUUCAAGGUGAAAACUACUUCUCCAAAGAAGUACUUUGUGCGUCCGAACACUGGCGUGGUACUUCCUUGGGACUCUUGCAUCAUAAGAGUCACCCUUCAAGCUCAACGGGAAUAUCCCCCAGAUAAGCAAUCUAAAGAUAAAUUUCUCCUGCAAAGCACAACAGUUGCUCCACAUACUGAUGUCAAUGAGCUCUCGACUGAUACUUUUAGUAAGGAAGGCGAAAGAACAAUAGAGGAGUGCAAGCUUAAGGUCAUCUACAUGUUCCCUCAGUCAGCGUCUGGAACCGUACAAGAUGGAUAUGAACAAAACUUUGAUAAUCAAACUUUGCAGAGUCUCAAGGAAGAAAGAGAUGCAGCUGUCCGUCAAACACAACAGCUACAACUAGACCUGGAAGUUCUCAAGAGACGUAGAAAUCGUAAAGUUGAUCCAGGUUUCUCCUUUAGAUUUGCACUCAUUGUGGGACUCAUUGGAAUUAUGGCUGGCUUCCUUUUGAACUUGUUAUCAUCACCUUCUGCGGAGUAA